UCUCCAUAACGCAAUUGGUUAGCGUGUCGGACUUCUACGGAUUUGUCCUUUUUGGCAAUUUCCUCCAUCCGGAGGUUGCGGGUUCGAGUCCCGCUGGAGACUGUUUUCCUUUUCUUGCUUUUCACUCCCGUCCGUUUCCAUUAUUGAACAAAUGCGACACUUUAAUCAAGUGGCUUGUUUUGCUGCUUUUUUUUUGUUCAUGCGACGAGGGUGCCAUGAAUUUCGGCGAAAUGUUGUUCAUUUGCUUUGUAUACAAGUGCAUGGACUCUGGUCCACCUUGUAUAUCCGCUUGUUCCCGUUGGAUCUAGAUAUACAUGUGGAUCUAUCAUUUCGAUUGAUUGUACCCGCAGCUACAAAUUCACCGCUCCUCGGAAUCGAACAUACACCCUCCUACAGACCAACGUGCUCGGCCCUCCAAUCUCCACAAUGUCUUGCCCCCCUCUGGCUGUCGGGGGCUUGGGGGCCGAGCGUGCGGUUUCCGGCAUCUUCUGUCACCCGUCCAAUCUUCUUGCAGCUUGAGGGGGGUCGCAUUGGUCUGCGCGUCAGCCUUGCAAUGGCAGUGGGGGCAAGAAGCCGUGUCUGAUCCGUGCUGUACUCGGACCCAGAGCCGGUCUCCCACUUGUGCUGUAGCCCUACGACUGCCCGUGUUUCCUGUGGCGAGGAGGAUAGAGCAUUGUGGACAACGGGUAGCCCUACUGUAAGCACACGCGAAUCAUCUCUCCUGACUUCCGAGUCUGAGCCCUAUUCGUCUCUGUGCCAUCGAACUUCAAGCCCAACGCGCGUACUCCUCCGACAGGCCUCU